UCAACCACCGGAACUAAAUGAACAGCAGUGACACUCUGACGGAGGGAGCAGGUUCUUCUGUUUACUCUACUGAUUCCCAUAGAACAAUUUCAGAGAUAGCAUUGUUGUGGUUGGCUGUGCGUUAACCAGUUGUAAUAACAUUGAAUGUUGCAAUGUCUGUGUCUGUUAGUAGUCAGCCGGUGGUGAAAAAGAAGCAGGUUCGCUUUGCUAGCAUGGAGGAUGACGAUGAUAACGACGACCAAGAAGAGGAUACGCUGUUUGACAAGAGGAAAGACGUCAGAAAAGGGUUUAAAAGUAUGAUAAAAAGUAACGUUAAUAGGACCCUGGCCAGUACGGGAUUCGAUAGCGUAAAAAUAAUAAGUAUUGGUCGGGGAACGAAUGACCCUGGGGUCUGUGGACGCUGGAUGAUCACUUUAACACUUUGCGCAUCGUUCCUGGGACUGGGAAUGUGCAUUUCUGUGCUUGGUCCUACACUGGAGGACUUGGCCAUCAACGUCAAUAAGAACAUCAGUAAUAUUUCUUAUAUCUUUGUGGGUCGUUCAGUUGGAUACAUUGGGGGCUCCCUUCUCGGAGGGAUUCUCUUUGACUGCAUGAACCCCCACUUACUUUUAGGAUUCUCCAUGUUGGUCACAGCAUUUGGGAUGUUCGCCAUUCCCUUCUGUAAAAAGGCCCUCAUCCUUACAGCCUUAAUGUCCUGCGUUGGCAUUUCGAUGGGCUUUUUAGACACAGGUGGUAAUGUCCUCAUUCUGAAUAUUUGGGCCAACCAGGCAGGGCCUCACAUGCAGGCCUUGCACUUCAGCUUUGCAGCAGGGGCCUUCGUCUCGCCCAUCAUUGCCAAGUUGGUUUUCGGGAAGUAUCACGGGAAGGUGGUUAAUAAUAAUGACACAGUGGAAGCUUCCUCGGCCAUCCCCGAGAAAUUGGCCCAGACCAUCACCUCGGUGCUGCACUUGCCACAAGGAAACAGCGACGCCCUGAGGUCCAUGUACGCGUACUUUGUGAUCGGGGCCUUCAUCCUGCUAAUAUCCCUGGCCUUCUUCAUCCUCUACUCCUGCGGCACGCCCUCCAGAGACAGAUCCCACGCAUUAUCAGGGGAGCCUCUGGUGGCCAAGCACCACACUGCACUCGUCUUCCUCCUCGCCAUCUUCUUUUUCUGGUAUGUGGGCGCCGAGGUGGCAUACGGCUCUUUCAUCUUCACCUAUGCCAAGGAUUAUGGCGGUAUGGAGCAGGCCCAGGCGGCCGGCCUCAACUCGCUGUUCUGGGGCACGUUUGCCGCCACCCGCGGGUUGGCCAUCUUCUUUGCGGCCUGCAUGUACCCUGGAACCAUGAUCCUGCUCAACCUGGUGGGCUGCACCUUCUCCUCCCUGCUCCUCACCCUCUUCAGCAGGAACAGCCUGGCCCUGUGGUCCUGCUCUGCCCUGUACGGUGCUUCCAUGGCCACCACCUUUCCCAGCGGGCUCUCCUGGCUGGAGCAGUACACCGCGGUGACGGGGCGUACGGCUGCCGUCUUCGUGGUGGGGGCGGCCCUGGGCGAGAUGGUGCUGCCCGCAGCGCUGGGCUUCCUGCUGGGGAAGAAAUCUCUCCACGAGCUCCCGCUGCUCAUGCUCCUGGCCCUGGCCACGGCUACCAUCACCUCCAUCCUCUUCCCCGUCAUGUACAAGUUGGCUGCCGACCCCACCAUUCCCGGCAGGAGGCCGCGCACGAGGGGCAGGGAGACAGACGACAGCGAGUAUCGCCAGGCCUUGCUGGACUCAGGGGCCAAUGACGAUGAAGAGGAGGUGAAUGAAGACGACGAAGAAGCUGACCACUGGAACGACGCCGACUUUGAGGUCAUUGAGAUGGACGAUGCCAACCUAAUGAACUCCCCAAACAAGGCGGCUUCGCCUCCAGACGUGACUGUGAGCUCAGCAGCUACCCCCAGCAACAACCCCUUCAGCCUGCCAACACUGUCAGAAUCCCCCAGCAGGUCUGUGGAUAGCUCUCCCCGAAGGAAACUACUGGUGGCUCUUGACAGGGAAAAGAAUGACUGAAUCACACUACCAGAGACUGCUGGAUUAAAGAAUGACUGAAUCACACUACCAGAGACUGCUGGAUUAAAGAAUGACUGAAUCACACUACCAGAGACUGCUGGAUUAAAGAAUGACUGAACCACACUACCAGAGACUGCUGGAUUGCAAAUUCAGGUGAAAAAGUACUGAGAACAGUCUGUUUUUAGUGAGCAUUAUGUGAUUUCUUUUUUUCAGCGUUAUGAAUGUUGUGGAUGUUGUGUGUGUUGAUGUCCCUGCAUGUUGACACUCCUGAAUCUUUUCACCAAUUUCCAUGUAAGGCAGUUGAUUUCAGGCACUUUUGAAAGAUAACAAUGGGCAUACAUCCAAUCAAUUCAUCUCCCUAGAAUGGUAUUGUGAAUGUAACUGUAUGUGAUGUUUGUUUUAGUGUGCUGACUGAAAAGACGUUUAUACUUUACUUGUAAUCUGUAUUUGUGAACACAGGGACUUAUGGACCAGGUCCUGGUAACACAAUUAUAAUUAUAAUUGGAGCUGGAAAAAUGUAAUUGUUGGACAGCCUCAUCUGAGCCUCAGACUCACACUGAUUGCAAACUAUCAGAGGAUUGGAUUCACUUUGUAGCCCAACGGGCCGUUUGAACACUAGAUUCUGAAUCAUGGUCUAACAAUCAAUAUUGAACUUUUCCUGUCUAUAGAACAUUCUGGAUUUUAGGCAGAAUGUAUGUAUUUCAGAGUCCAGAGAUCCUAGUUUGAUUUUCACUUUUAUUUAUUUAGAAAACCGAAUGGCACAGAAGCCUGUGCUAAGUAGCUUCACUGUUCUGAAUUUGACUACAUGAGCAAAGAGAAUUGGAUUUACACUCCAUGCACACUAACCGAAUGGGCUACUGUUGUAGAGUAGCAUCCUCGUCCUCAUAUGUGGCUGAUGUACCAUAAUAAAACCCAUGCUGU